AUGGAAACAAGAACGGAAUAUCAGAAGGGAUUGAUCAAUCUUAUUUACACACUUAGCUCCGACGGAGCAAGGUUCAAAAGGCUUUCGAAACGCGCAGCGAUUCCUGUUUUAUUGCGAGUGGAAGGUGUGGAUGUCGAAACCAGAACUGGAGGGAAAUGUCUUACUCUCGUUUCAAUGACAUACUCUGAAGGAGGAGUUCAGAAAAACAUGCUGGAUGCCUUUGUUAGGAGCAGCUUGGACAUUUUGAAGGAUAUGGAUUUACGCGUGGAAAUGGAUGGAACUACGAUCACUUUCAGAAUGACUUUAAUGUCAUACAUUUGUGACAUGAAGGAAUCCUACGCAAUCUCUGGACUUCCAAAUUGGUACAAUAUAGAAGGAUGCUCGAAAUGCUCAAUUACCGGAGUAAAAAUUGGGAAUGGAAAAGUAUCGUCUGAAGAUGAAAUUUAUAAGUUACUUAAGAAAAUUAAGAGUAAUAAUACACUAACCCCAGACGAUAUUCCUUCUAAAAUAUCAAUUUUAUGUCACCAUGUCCCUUUUUGUCUAUUUAUUCUCUUUUUCAUUCUUUUUUCUUUUUAUUCUUCCACGUAUUUUUUACGUAAUAAAUACAAUACAAUACAAUACAAUUGUUGUGGACGGAAGAAGAAAGGAAAACGAGACGAGUGCGAAGCAUGCCUGAAACCAACAAGCAGACUCUCUGAUACCGUAACAAUGAUUAUAUGUAAUGUUCAAUGGCAAUUAAUGAAUAUUCUAAAAUAUCACGGGAAAGAAAUACUCUAUGCGCAUAAGAGGAUUCAUGAAGGGCAAGAAACUUUCCACGGUACAGACGUUAGACGUUUCUCCGGCUACCGUUGUGAAAUGGAAACAAGAACGGAAUAUCAGAAGGGAUUGAUCAAUCUUAUUUACACACUUAGCUCCGACGGAGCAAGGUUCAAAAGGCUUUCGAAACGCGCAGCGAUUCCUGUUUUAUUGCGAGUGGAAGGUGUGGAUGUCGAAACCAGAACUGGAGGGAAAUGUCUUACUCUCGUUUCAAUGACAUACUCUGAAGGAGGAGUUCAGAAAAACAUGCUGGAUGCCUUUGUUAGGAGCAGCUUGGACAUUUUGAAGGAUAUGGAUUUACGCGUGGAAAUGGAUGGAACUACGAUCACUUUCAGAAUGACUUUAAUGUCAUACAUUUGUGACAUGAAGGAAUCCUACGCAAUCUCUGGACUUCCAAAUUGGUACAAUAUAGAAGGAUGCUCGAAAUGCUCAAUUACCGGAGUAAAAAUUGGGAAUGGAAAAGUAUCGUUCAAUGAGAUGUAUACGUCUCCACAGAGAACAGAUGACUCAAUUUUGUAUAGUGCUGAAAAGGGAAUCCGUGGAUACACAAAACCAGGAGUGCCUGUUGUGUUCCAGUUUAUAAAUCCUUCGAAGUUAACGUUAGAUCCUUUCCAUUUGAGAGGUGCUGGUGUUUGCAAGUAUAUUGUUGAGGAAGUGACAAAACCAACUAGAUGGAAUACUCUUAAGCUGAAGCGAAAAGUUCUUGAUGAAAUGGCAGAAGCUCUCAAUGACGUAAAAGAGUACACACUCGACCCAGUCAAAAUGUUAAAUCUGAAGAAGGUUGGAAAAAGCACCGGAAGAGAAAUCGACAAACUGUCAAUUCAUAUAUCUGCAUAUCUUGGUUGGACAGAAGGCCCCCACAUUCCGGACCAACUACGAAACGUCAAAACAGAAUCACCACAUUAUCCAUCUACACCGUCUCGUAAGAGACCACAGCAAGUAGACUUACGAGGUUCAAACCAACCUCAAGAAGUAUCACCAUCUAUCCUUAUUUCAGCAUCUCUUGACGGAUCCAUCAAAAACGGAAAAUUAGAUAUAUUAUCGGCCGGAAGAGCUCUUCACACUGCCUAUCAAUCUGGUCAAUAUGGGAUUCCAGAAGAUGUGGAAUCUUUCCUAACUAAACAUUCGCUAGACGUUCCACUCCCGAAACUUCCGCAAUCAGUUUUUACAGGAUUGACCCCAGAGGCUGGAGCUCUUCUCCAUGGAUAUGGAAUUGUUGCUCAGCUGUCGCUUAACGCUGUUCAAAAACUUCUCAGCGAGCAAAAAUCGACCCAGAAAAUAUCCGGAGAACAAUUGUUUGGAAUUUCCGAUGCUCCGUUUGCGGUUAAACUAAGAUGUAAUUAUCCGGAUUUCCCACCCUUUUCGAACUAUUUAUUCGACAUUCUAGGAAAGUCAUGCACUGUUCAGACGGAUAUUCAGCGUUUUUGGCUCAUUCCAGGAGAGAGGAAGACGUCAUACGGAACACCGUCUCCGUUCCCGAAGGAACUAUACGAUAACCUCUACAAGUUGUUUCUCGAUUUUUUUCAACUCGAUGAUCAAUUGUUCGACGAACCAGAAUAUCGGUCAGAGUUCGGAAAUUCGAGAUUGUUGAAGAACUAUGCCACCGAAGAGGCUAAAAAGAAGAAAUUCGUCCAAGUUUCGUCUGCUAAAAAAUCGUUCAAAACUAAUACGUUUAGAGCUCAAUUUAAAAAUGCUCUCAAAGAGCUUCGUCUAGGAACAUUCAUAAUUGCCGAUGGAUCUUCACAAGGAUACUUCGCAAGAAGAAAAAGACACAUUGCCAAGAGCAAGGCCCACGAAGCUGGAGAAGAGGAGGAGGAAUCUUAA